AAUCCCACAUGAUUGACAAACAGUUACUUGUCUUUAUCUAUGAACAGUUAGUUCUGUCUGGUCCAAGGACGGAUUGUGUUUUUUGUUUUUGAUAGUUUGGGGCUUUCUUCUGCGAUUUGUGAAUAAAAGUGGUGUUUGAAUCGAUCGGGUCGAGACGAACAAGAAGUAGUGAGUGUUUCGGGUAUUGAAAAUGCAAAGUAAGCAUCAUUCAAGCCAUCAUAGUAGCAUCACCAUGAGUAUGAGAGAUAAAGAAAAGUACAUCGAGACCUUCAGCUUUCCCUAUUGUGAGGAGGCCACGAAGUACCAGACGGUGGCCAAAAUCGGCCAGGGUACAUUUGGUGAGGUCUUCAAAGCACGCGACAUCAACAACCCGAAGAAAUUCGUGGCCAUGAAGAAAGUGCUGAUGGAUAACGAGAAGGAGGGCUUUCCGAUCACUGCGCUGAGGGAGAUUCGCAUUUUACAGCUGCUCAAGCAUGACAACGUGGUCAAUCUGAUCGAGAUCUGCCGCACCAAAGCAUCGUUGCACAAUCGGUACCGAUCCACGUUUUACUUGGUCUUCGAUUUUUGCGAGCACGACCUCGCUGGACUGCUCUCCAACGUGAACGUGAAGUUCAGCCUGGGGGAGAUUAAGAAAGUGAUGCAACAGCUGCUGAACGGCCUGUAUUACAUUCACUUUAAUAAAAUCCUGCAUCGCGACAUGAAAGCGGCCAACGUGCUCAUCACGAAGGGCGGCAUCCUAAAACUCGCAGAUUUUGGCCUCGCCAGAGCGUUCAGCACUAGCAAGACUGGGGUUCCCAAUAGGUUUACUAAUAGAGUGGUCACUCUGUGGUAUCGCCCACCCGAGCUGCUACUGGGCGACAGGAAUUAUGGGCCUCCGGUAGACUUGUGGGGCGCCGGUUGCAUAAUGGCCGAGAUGUGGACCAGAAGUCCCAUCAUGCAGGGCAACAGUGAGCAACAGCAACUGACUCUCAUAUCUCAACUAUGUGGGUCGAUCAACCCGACCAGUUGGCCGGGGGUGGAAAAGUUGGACAUGUACAACAACAUGGAGUUGCCCCAGGAGCAGAAGCGCAAGGUAAAGGAACGCUUGAGGCCGUACAUGAAGGACCCCUGGGCUGUGGAUCUUCUGGAUAAGCUGCUGACUCUGGACCCGUCUAAGCGGUUGGAUGCCGAUGGCGCCCUUAACCACGACUUCUUCUGGACCGAUCCAAUGCCGGUGGAUUUGUCGAAAAUGCUGGCGACCCACACGCAGAGCAUGUUCGAGUUCCUGGCGCCGGCUCGCCGAGCCACGCAAGUCAACAGGCACCAUUCCAUGCCCAGGCCGUCUGCCUCCUCUGUGCAGGACGGCGGGUAUCAAGAUCGGGUUUUCUAGUGGAGACUGAACUAGUAGACUAGUGAUCGUAUGUGAUAGUGCUCUGGCUUCGAACGCUGCUUAAUAUCACUGUUCCACACCAAACUGAAGAUGAAGCAGAUGCUGCUGCGGAUCGAGGCUGAGUCGUUCUUGUUAUUAAUAUUAUAGUAUAAUAUCUAAUACCAUUCUUUGUUGUUAAAUUGAAUAAUCAGUGUGUCCCAAUUAAAUACUUUCAUAAUUAA